AAAAAUAUAAUGUUAUUGUUGAAUUAACUGCUGCUAGAAGAACCGGGGUUCAUAGAUAUACUUUUGUGAAAAAUAAACAAAAAAAAGCAUUUGUAUUGUUAGAUCUAAGUCAUAUAUUGACGCAAGGUGGAAGUUCACGAUACAGAGGUGGUUCAAUAUACACCGUAUCCCCAUCCCAGAUAACAGGAGUGGGUCAUUAUUCCGGAGGAUGGAAUGAAGGACCAAAAUAUACAGUGUAUUUUUGUUCUCAAUUUAACAAAAAUUCUAGUUCUUUUGGUACAUUUUGGAAGAAUUUCAUAACUGAAAACUCAACCUUUCAAAGUUCUUAUGAUAUAUCUUUUGAUACACCUGCUAUUGGAGCAGUUCUUGGAUUUGAUUUUGAUAAUGAACUACAUAAAUCAAAAUUAGUCAUAAUAUCACGAGUUGGAAUAAGUUUUAUAUCUUCAGAUCAAGCAUGUAAAAAUGCUCAAGAGGAAGUUCCAAAUUUUGACUUUGAAAAAACUCGUGAAUUGGCUGUUAAUGCUUGGGAAGCCGAACUUUCAAAGAUUAGAGUUGAUGGUGAGGUUAGGAGUGAUUUAAAAACCAUCUUUUAUUCUAGUUUAUAUAGAACUAUGAUUAUUCCUAGCGAUCGUACGGGUGAAAAUCCGAAAUGGACUUCUUAUGAUAAUGAAGGAAAACUUGUGCCAAAUUAUGACGAUUUUUAUACACUA